AUGUCAAGUCCUGAGGUCGUUUGUCAAAUUACCGGCCUCAUUGGGGUCAUAGAAAAGUUAAUGGCGGCAUUUGACUCUAUCAAAGACCUCUCUGACUUACCGGAAGCUUUUCAGGAAACCAGUAAUUGGCUUCCUCUUGUUGAAAGGACUUUGCGAAAUUUCAAAAGCUCGGCGGAGAAAUUGAAGACCGUUGAAGAUGUCCCGGCAUUGAAAUCCAUCCUGUAUAGUUGCGACGAGAAAGCCGACAGCCUACUGGACAUAUUUGAGCAGCUUGGUGAAAAGUCAAACGGCGAAUACAACUUGUCCGUGUACCAUGGCAUAGUGAUGAGGCAAGGAAAGCAGCGUGUGGAGACUUUGAUGGAUAGCAUUCUGGAAGGCUUAGGAGCAUUGGUUACUCACAAGGCAUUUCUGGGUGAAAUGCACGGCCAUAUCCACCUUUUGGCGAAGGGUCGCGAAGUUCUAGCGGGAGUUUGUCCUUCACUGUCAGAUUCGGAUCUAGCUGAGCAGCCCGGGGCUGCAAACCAGUACGGCGAGAACAGCCGCCAGUACAAUUUGUUCGGUGAAGGUACACAGAGAAUCGCAGAUGGCCACUACUUCGAGGCCAAUGGGAACCAGAACUUUGGUAUAUUACCAUCCAAGGAAACUGUGGAGAGCAAUUAG